UAGUUGUCGUAAAAACAAAUGUUCGUUUUCGGUAGCCUUAAGGACACACUUGUCAAAUUUCACGUGCGUUCUGUCAUUGAUUUCCUCAUAGCGUAGGUUUUAUUACUAUGAUAUCUUUAUCCUGUGUUCGACAAAGCUAGGUAAAUGAGUCUGAUAUGGCACACUGUCAUCUAAGAUCAUGUUUAUACAAGCAGACGAAAAUACUUUCAACCAGGGCAUUUCUGGGACGUUUUUAUCUUGAGAAUCCAAGGGCGCCUUGUAACAUCAGUGUAACAUCGUUGUUUAAAGAUCAUCAUCAACAUUCAAGUCUUUUCUCAAACAAGAGGGAAUCUACUCUGACAAGAACCGCAUUGUUGGAAAGCUCACAGUUCAGAUAUCUUCAUUUUUCUCAAACAGUUCUAUAUUCCAACAAAGAGAAAGGUAUCAAUGGUGGAGCUACAGAUGUGAAUGACAAGGUUGAAUCUGAUAAAAGUACUGAUGCUAAGCCAGAAACUGUGCCAGAAGAGAAGUUGACCGUUUUCCAGAGGUUUAAGAAAACAUACAAAGAGCAUGGGAAGGUUCUAGUUUGUGUGCAUCUGCUAACAUCCGCAGUAUGGUUUGGAAGUUUCUUCUAUGCAGCAAAAGUUGGUGUAGAUGUAAUUCCUUUAAUGGAAUGGAUUGGGCUUCCGGACAAAGUGAUAAACCCAUUUAGAAACUCCAGUUUAGGGGACGUAGCUCUGGCAUACCUUAUGUACAAGCUUGCAACACCUGCUCGGUACACUGUUACUUUAACAGGUACAAACUUUGCCAUAAAGUACUUAAGAAAAGUCGGUAAAAUGCAACCAAAAGACAAGAGUUCAAGUCUGCGUGUGCUAGCAAAGGACUCAAGAGCAGAAUUGAAAGUAAAAAGGAGAAAAAUGCAAGGAACAACUGAUCAGAUAAAAAGUAAUUUGAUAGACAGGCGAGUAAAAGUUAAAGAUCGAAUUAAGAAAUUGCGAGUGAAAUUGAAACGUCAGUCGAAUCUGAGACGAUUCAGGCAAAACGGAAUUAGAAAGGCAAAACCUAAUGGGAAAACGAAAAAGUAAAAACCUUCAAUGCAUUCAGUGUUGUCACCUAUGGUUGACCAAUAUUCUGUGAUGUUGAGUGAAAGUUUAGGUCAGUUUUAAACUGAAAUGUUUAAAACUACUUUUCCGAGACACUGUUGGAACAUAAUUAUUUGACAUACAGUCAUGUGAUAUGCACAUGUAGAUAUCGGAACAGAAAAUAAAUGAAUUCAGAGACUGUGUGUCAUAAAUAUUGAUUUUAUAGAAUCUUCGAAAAAGUUCUUAAUGCAGAUGAUUUCUUUUACAACAACAAAUGUCUUUUAAAUAUUGAAAUUAUGUAAGCUGUAAGAAAAUUUGGAAAAUUUAUCAAACCUUUGUAAAACAUUCAUAUAUUUGUUAAACAAAAUAAUACAACAUUACUGUUAACUGUUAAUUAAUAAUUAUGCUCCCACGUCAAAGAAGAGGGGGUAUAUUCCUUUGCAUAAAUGUCGGUUGGUCGGUCGGUAGACCAAAUGAUUUCCGAGUGAUAAAUAAAAAACACUUAGGCCUAGGAACUUCAAACUUAGGCCUAGGAACUUCAAACUUGGUAUGAUGAUUGGUCAUGACAAGUAGUUGACCCCUAUUGAUUUUGGGGUCAAAGGUCAAGGUCACAUUGACCUUGUAGGUAAAAACGGUUAAUGAUCAAUAACUAAAGAACUCUUAGGCCCUGGUAUGAUGAUUGCUCAUGACUAGUAGAUGACCCUUAUUGAUUUUGGGGUCAAAGGUUAAGGUCAUAUUCAUCUUGUUGGUAAAAACGGUUGACGAUCAAUAACUUAAAAACCCAUGAGCUGUUGGCCAUCAAACUUGGAAGGUGCAUUUGACUUGAGAAUUAGAUGACCCCUAUUGAUUUUAGGGUCCCAGGGCUGCCGAUUUUCCGCGGAUCCGCGAAAAUCCGCGGAUUUCGUGAGCUCCUGGGUCAUUUUUGAGAUCGAUGUAAAUUCGACAAAGACAAUAAAUUCAUUUGUCAUAUUUUAUACAGUACCCAAAAACCGGCACGCUUCGGCUUUUAUCCUUACGCUAGCCGCCUAUGGUACGUCUGUAAGCGCUUUUCUCAUUGGUCAUAUCGAGUAUUUUCCGGUAUUCUAUCUUAGAAUAACCAAUCAAAUUACAGUUUACAUUGUUGCUCUUGUCUGUUGUCAAAAUGCGUCAAAAUGUCGGAUAUUUGUCAAAUUUAGAGUCCAUGAAAUUGAUUUUAGGGCAUACCAAAUCAUUAGAAUCCAGGAGCUUCCGGGGACUUCGCCCCCAGGUCCCCCACCAGGGCUCUGCCCUGGACCUGCAAAGGGGGCUUGUGCAGCCCCCUUGACCCCCGGCGUAUUUUCCGCUGACUUUGCAAUUUGCUGUUGGCAGCCCUGUUAAGGGUGUAGAGGACAAAUGUCAAAUUAACCUUGUAGGUGUAAACCAUUUCUGAUCAAUAACUUGACAAGCCCAUAGCUGCUGGCCCUCAAACUUUGUAGGUGCAUUGGUCUUGGCCAGUAGAUGACCCCUAUUGAUUUUGGGUUCAUAUUGACCUUGUACUUAAAGACUGUUUCUGACCAAUUACUCAACAACUCAAGUUGCCUUGGUUGAUAUUUUAAUAUUAAACUAAAAAUGCUUUUCGUAUACACUUUUGAAGGUCUCAUGUAAUAUAACAACUUGGCUGUCAUUAAUGAGGCCUAUAUGAUUCAUUAAAUUUAUGCAUUACCUAUGUGAUCCCAAUAAUUAUUACCUAGUGACUAGUUAUGACCAGUAGAUAACCCUGAUUGAUUUUUUGUUCACUAGGUCAAAAGUCAGUCAUAAUAACCUUAUCACAUGACUAAUUGGCUGUUGAUAGGGGGCAUACAUGUUUUACAAACAUAUCUUGUUACCUUAGUGCAGUAAAGGGUUAGCAAGUAUUGUUUCAAAUAGGAAGUUAACCCAUUAAUGCACUAAGGUGACAAUGCUGUAAUGGAGGCACAUUAUGCCUCACAAACAAACAAAUCUUUGCUUUAAAAAGGGCAGGCAUGAGCUUUCUAAUAUUUAAAUGGUUUUAAAGAAUGUUCAAUGUUAGAUGCUAGUUUCUUGAAGAAGUAUUGCUACAAUAUAUUUGCAAUAAUAUGUUAUAAAAAUAGCAAAAUGUAAUUUUAGUUGAUGUUGGAAAUUCUCACAGUAUAAUACUAUUUUUAAUUAUCUGAAUAUCAGUAUAUUUUAAGUUCUAUUUAAGGUACUCGUUCAACGAGACUGUACAUCUUUAAAAAGAUUAUUUGAAAGUGUGUGUGUACUGCUAGGCUAGCUUGAUUGGAUUUAAUUUGGUUUUCUUUAGCAGAUGGUUUAUAUCUAAAUUCUUAAUAAUCCCUUACAGUGCUGAAUUUGUUAAUUAAAAUAGAUUUGCCCUGCUUUGAGUAUAGACAAUCCAUUUGUGUAAAAGGAUUUACUUAACAAACUUGUAAUAGUGAGUAGUGUAUGGUACAGUGCCUGAUCAAAUUACAGACUGGCAUGGUUUUAUACUGGUUUGCAAAUCAUCACAAUUAUGGUGUUCCGAUAUUAAAAGGAUAAACAAAGUAUGUAUUUUAUUUAUUGUGUUAUAUGCUUGUCAGUAGUGCUAUAUAAUAUAUGAUAUAUGGAGAUAUAUUAAGACUUUUAAAUGAAUAAAAUGUCUUCUUGGUAA